UCCGUUCGAAUUUCAAAUAACAAACGGCUUCGCACGUUCUCUUCGUCCCCAUUAGACCGCUUCAUUCCGCGAUUUUUUUUUCACCGUUUUCUCCCUGCUUCCACCAUCUCUCCACUCUCAAACAUAAAGCUGCUAUUUUUAGGUAUAAAGGAGAGAUUUUGUGAAAUGGUUGGUUCUGGGAAGUGGAUAAAGUCGUUGAUUGGCCUCAAGAAGCAGGAAAAGGAUGAACUUGAGAAGACUUGCAGUGGAGCCAGCGGAGAUAAGAGCAGAAAAUGGAAGAAUCUAUGGAAGAGUUCCUCCACCGAUUUUGGAUUUGUGUGGAGGGGUUCAAAGGGAGGCAGCCGCCGGUCCGCAUCAGAGGCUUCCGAAACUUCUUCAGUGGCCACCGUGGACGCCUUAACUGCCGCCAUGGCUGCAGUUAUCCGUGCUCCUCCCAAAGAUUUUCUAGCCCUCCGUCAGGAGUGGGCUGCCAUAAGAAUACAGACCGCUUUUCGUGGUUUCCUGGCUAGAAGAGCUCUGCGGGCGCUGAGAGGGAUUGUUAGGCUUCAGGCCUUGGUUCGGGGUCGUCAGGUUCGCAAGCAGGCCGCAGUGACCUUACGGUGCAUGCAAGCUCUUGUUCGAGUUCAGGCCAGGAUUCGUGCUCGACGAGUGAGGCUUUCAACCGAAGGGCAGGCUGUGCAGAAGAUGCUCGAGACCAGGCGCACCAAAAUGGAUCUCUUGAAAGAAGCAGAGGAAGGCUGGUGUGAUAGUCAAGGUACACUAGAACAAGUGAAAGUGAAGUUACAGAUGAGGCAAGAAGGUGCUUUCAAGAGGGACAGGGCAAUGGCUUACUCCCAUUCUAAACAAAAAUGUAGGUAUUCCUCAACUGGAAGGUCAAAUCACUCCCUUGCUUCGAUGAAGCUGCAAGAUUUAGGCAAGAAUAAUGUCAACUGGAGCUGGUUAGAGCGGUGGAUGGCAGCAAAACCAUGGGAAAAUAGGUUGAUGGAGCAGCAGGUUGCCCAUACAGAGCCAUCUGAGGCUCAAUCUCUCAAGAACACUGAAGAUUUCCACGGCGCAUGUUCGAAGCUGUUCGAUUCCAGUUCCAAGACUUCUGAAAGUUGUUUGAUCAGAGUCAAGAAGAACAGUGUAACCAAAAGGAUUUCAGUGAAACCUGCACGUACUGUGAAAAACAACAACCAUCAUCAAGCUCGGUCUUCUUCAUCACCAAGUUAUGAUUUUCACUACGAUGAGAGUUCUCCAUCAUCUUCUUCCUUCUGCACAUCAACCCCAACAUCUGCAACAACAAUCCUAGCUUCACGAAGAACAGAGGAGAUCUGCGGAAGCAAGCCAAGUUACAUGAACUUGACUGAAUCAAUCAAGGCAAAGCAGAGGAAUUCAUCUGCUCAGAGAACAAGAAUGCAUAAGCAGUCUUCUUUUCAUAAGAAGACACCAUCCUACAUUGACAUGAAGAACAGCGACUCUCUUGAUCCUGCAUUCAGUUCUUCCAGCUUGUUGAAUGGUGGUAUGCCAUUAAGGGAGAAGAGCUGUGCUAGGAGCGUCGGCAAGGAAAACUGCUGCUAUGAAUAAUUUUAAUUUAAUUUUUUGGUGCGCUUUCAAUUUGUCAACUGCUUGUUGUAUUAUGUGAUUGGUUUGUUGUAAAAUUUGUUUUAUAUUGUAUUUGUGCAAGAACUGGGAACAAGUAGGGACAUGUUUUGCCUAAUUUAGUGUAUUUCUUCGCGUUCAAAACUGGAUC